GGAGACGAUGCCAGGGACCGUCUUCGAUUUAAAAACGCAGAUUGGCGAGAAUGGAGAGACACAAUUUCAUCGUCUAUUUUGGGCCUUCUAUCCAUGCAUCAAUGGGUUUAAGUAUUGCAAACCAGUUGUCCAUGUCGACGGGACGUGGUUGUAUGGCAAGUACAAAGGAACAUUGUUGCUUGCGGUAGCACAAGAUGGAAACAACAAAACGAUUCCAAUCGCCUUUGCGCUUGUCGAAGGUGAGACAAAGGAGGGCUGGAGUUUUUUUUUGAAAAAUCUAAGAAGGCACGUCACAAAGGGAAUAUCUGUCUGCAUGGUCUCCGACAGACAUGAAUCAAUUAAAAGCGCAUUCAAUGACCCAAGGAAUGGUUGGCAAGCAACUGGUUCAGCUCAUGUGUACUGCAUUCGACACAUUAAGCAGAAUUUCAUGAGGACAAUCAAGGAUGGAGAUCUUAAGGAUGUUGUCAAUAAUAUGGGAUAUGCCCUAAACGUACCCUUGUUCAAUUACUAUCGUGGUGUAAUCCAGGAGGCAAAUCAGCGUGCAUUAGAUUGGGUGGACAAUAUUCCGAAAGAAAAGUGGACUCAAGCAUAUGAUGAGGGUCGACGAUGGGGCCAAAUGACAAGCAACAUCGUUGAGUCGUGGAACUCUGUGUUUAAGGGAACACGCAACCUACCUGUUACACCUAUAGUUCAAUCAACCUACUAUAGGCUGGCAUGUCUCUUUGCUGAUAGGGCUCAAAAAGCGUUUGCAAGGGUAGGUUCCGGAGAUUUGUUCAGUGAAUAUUGCCAAAAUGCGAUUCAGGAUGACAUUGUUAAGUCCAACACCCAUCAUGUCGAACAGUUUGACCGAGAAAGGUAUACCUUCUCAGUCCGUGAGACCGUCAACUACAGGGAAGGAAGGCCAAUGGGAACUUUCAAGGUGGACCUACGAGCGGGGUGGUGUGAUUGUGGGAAAUUUCAAGCUUUACAUUUGCCAUGUUCUCAUGUCAUAGCCGCGUGUUCUUCAUUUCGCCAUGACUACACAACCCUUAUUCCACCUGUGUUCAAAAACGAGAGUGUUUACUCCAUCUACAACACAGCCUUCAAAGUAGUCCACGACAAGAGUUAUUGGCUUCCAUACGACGGUCCCGUGCUUUGCCAUAAUCCAAACAUGCGAAGACUAAAGAAAGGUCGACCCAAUAGUACCCGCAUAAGGACUGAAAUGGACGAGGAGGUGGUGGAGAGGACUCCAACGCCGAGACGGUGUGGGUUGUGUCGGCAUACCGGUCAUAUUAGGAGAAAUUGUCCGAGUUUAAAUAAUCGGUAGUUAAUAACGUUAUGUAUUAUGUGUUCAAAUAAAUUAAUAUAUU